ACGAACAGUCUCACGUGUAUGGUUUGCAUCAUCAUGGCGGCCAAGCCACAAUGAAGGAACCAUGGAUUUCUACUCGUAACUUUGCGAAAUUACUGUCGGAAUAUUUGCCUUUGGUUGGAAGUGUUUGUUUUCCUAUCAAAAUUAAGUGCGGUCAGUUUAACAGCUUUUACCUCAAGCUGCUGGAAACUUUUUGACACCAGUGUCCACUAUUACAGCUGAUCACAAUGAGCGGUGUUAUUGGUCAGACAAGAAACGUUUUACCAUUGUUUAGAACUUCAUUUACGUGGAGAUUUAAAAGUGACUAUCUGUACAAAUUAUCCUCACAAAGUGUGUCAUCUUCACGGUGUGUUUGUUGCGGUAUUUCAUGUCUAAAACAGAGAAGCAUUUUAUGCAAAAUAUCGAAUCCGAAGAUGUCAUCUGUAUUGCGGUAUUCUACAUCAAGUGAAGUGUAUCCUCCGGUACGUGAUAACCUCAAUGAUAUUUAGCUCGAACGGGAUAUAAGAUAAUGAAAAGUAAUCAAGGUAUUUAACCCUGGAAACAUGUAAGAUGUUCCCUAAUGUUCCAAACUUGGCCUAAGGGAAGGGGGACUGGGGAGGAAGGAGGGGUUGGGAGGGGCUGGUAGGGAGAAGGUGACAUUUUGGGAUUCCAGAUCUAGAAUAAGGUAUCCACUUUAAAAACAAUAUUUUAGACAUUUAAGAUACUCACAACAGGGUAAAAUUUCAAUGGUACAAAAGCCUAAGUGCAUAGACUUUUGAUCAUUAGUUGAUUUAAAUGAUAGAUAACUCACUAUCCUCAACUCUUAAUCCUCAUGUUUUUAAGACUCUAGUGUUGUUCCUUUUUUGGGUUAUAACCUUUGAGCACCCAUAUGGCAGUUUAGAUGGCGUUCAGUGUAAAUGAGUAAUGAAAAAUUUCCAGGGAAGGCUGAUGAAAUAUUGGGAUGUAACUAGUGAUGGACUCAGUGGCCUCACAUCCUGGAGAAAUGGAAAUAUACUUUGUGUUAUGGAAAUACACUUUGUGUUAUAGAAAUCAUGAUGAGUUUCUUAAGUGUGGACCUCUUUUUAAUAUGCUGGACUAAACUAUUUGUUAUGACUUAAAUGUUAUGAAAUUUCCUAGUAUUGGUUGCAUCUCGUACUAGGUUCAUAUCAUUUAAACUUUCCACCAUACUCUUAUAACUGAUUUGUACCUAGUUUUUGUCUGUGUGCAAGGAGUUAUGGUAUGGAAGACUAAAAAUGUAAGGAAUCAUCAGAAAUCACAAUCAAGUGGUCCUUAACUGCACUUCUUAACUUUAAAUUAUUAUUUUUUCUUUUUUUCUUUAUGAAGGAGGCAAAGGUCCAACAAAACAAAGUCCCUCUGACAAACAAAGGUAUUAACACAAAUUUUGUCUGGACCAUAUUUGACAAAUUAAAUCAUAUCCUUCAGUCUUGAAUAAAGGAGUAUAGUUUGUUGUUUUUGUUACAGGAAAAAAAAUUUCAUGUUUAGGUAAAUUAUCAAGAUGGGUUUAUUUUGUCAUAUUAUCAACCAAGUCUUAAGAUCAUGAUAGUGUAUCCCUUUUAAGCACUACAAGGCUUUUUGAUGUAAAUCACCUUGAAAUAACAUUGAGUUUUGUAAAUUUUUUUUAUAAGAGUUCACUCUAAUCCCUACUUGAAUUAUGUGAUUUUUUGGGAGUAUUAAGACAUUUUCAUUAAAUGGUGAGAUUCAAUGUAAUUUGAGGCCAAUUGUUCAAAAUAGCACAAUGAAAUAAUAUCAGUAACCCUGUAAUUCUGCCAUGAUAUGGUUAUUAUAAUUAAAAUUUUACCUCCUUUGUAUUAAAUUCUGUUGAUGGACACAGUGCAAAGAAAUAAUAAAAAAUCAUACUGGAUUAAAACAUUUGAAUCACAGUAAAUGUCAAUGUUUUAACUGUGUGACUUUGUGGAUCAAUGUCAGUAUCUAAGCAACUCCCCUCCCCUAAACCAAGAUUAACCCUUGGUUGUUAUCAGUUGACUGUUGUUGAUCCCGUUUUUCUUUAGCUUUCAGGGAAAAUAUUGUCAAAUUUGCCACUCAGCUCAAUGUGGAUAUUUCAGAAGAAAGAAAUCUUUUAGCAGCAUUCACUCAUGAGUCAUUCCUUCUACAAAAUGCCGACAAACUAUCAGGAUCAUUUGGAUUUAAUGAAAAGCUUGCUUUUAUUGGUAAGACUCAACACUGAUGAAACACUUCCGUUGUUUCGUCUAUAAAUACAAAGAUGCAGUAAGUUGCUUUAACUCUUUGACCCCCAAGAGUGAUUAGCAUCUAAUUUCUCCCAACAAGAUCACCCCUGAAUUACACAUAAAGAGUAGGAGAAUAAAGGUAACAAUCCCCAACUCAAAAAGCUUAUGAAUGUUAAUUAUAUUCUCCUUGUCAGCACAUUAGGUAAUAUGUAGAACAAUAUGGAGAACAUGUAUGCUGAUGUUGGGGUGUAAAGGGUUAAUGCGAUAAAGACUAUGGAUCUAUAAUAACAAGCUCAUUAUCCAAUUUAUAGGAGCACAAACUGCAAGGAAGAGCUUCACUGAGUACCUGUUUGAAAACUUUCCUCAACUUUCAGCUGCAGAGAUUUGGUAAGGGUAAGAUAUAUCACUUGCUUGUGCUCUUAAAUCAACACAAUCUGUCAAAUUAGCACAUUUAUUUAACAUUUAAAUCACCAUCAUGUAAUAUGAUUAAGAGUUUGGAGUCCUUCACAACAAUUAUGUUUCCUUUAUAUUGCUUAAUUUGAAUAUCAUCUUAGUCAAUUUGAUCCUUGAUACAGAUUGACCAUUAUACCCUCUUAAUUGUGUUUUGAUUUGGUCUCAGGGAUCUACAGAACAGUUUUUUAGAAGAUUUUAUAAUGCAGAAGGCAAUAGAAUGGGACAUUAUGCAAAAAACUCUCUACUAUGUGAGUGUAAAAUCUGACUCAGUUCAAUACUAAUCUCUACUGACUGAUUUGUCUACUUCCAUAACAAGAUAGUUGUGAACCACUUAAGAUAUCUUGUGCUGCAGACAUUCACUCUUAUUUUACUUUCUAGUUUUCUAUCCCUAAGCUCUUAGUUGUUGGAGGUUUGAUAACCCAAUCAGACUGUGUCUCUUGGGGAUAAAUAUGUAGAACUUGUUUGACUUAAAAUGCAUAUAUAGCUCCUAGCAAAGGCAUUUCUUUUUUUAAUCAUUCAACAACUGUCUUUGUUCUUUUGUAUUAUUUCUGUUGUAUAGUGCUUGUCUUAACCCUUUUAAUUCCCAUAAGUGACCAAGACAGAAUUUCUCCUAACCCUAACCCUAAACCCUAAGUGAAAUAUUGAGUAGACAAGUGACGAGAACAGAGAAAAAUAUAUCAAAAACCAAGUUCUUCAAACUAAUAUCAUAAGAAUUGUAUAGCAGACAAAAAGGAGAAUUACCAAUGAGAUCUUUACUUUUUGAUGUUUAGCGACAAUCUAAAGAACUGAUGCAGAGACAAACUGUGCUUGCUCUGGUGGGAGUAGUUUACACUCAUCAGGUCAGUGAUGGAUUUUGUGUAACACGUUAAGUUUUCUAAACAGUUGGCCACAGUUUCUGUUGGUUUAUUGGGUAAUAAGCCUUUCAGGUGUUUUAAGCACACAAAAUUUUUCGAAUAUCUUAUCUCUAAAUGGAUAUAAGUGAUAAGUUAAUGAUAAAGACGUAUUUAUUUUCUGAAGUGAGAUACGGUGAUGUAGGAAAUUCUCUUAUUUUGAAGAUUUUCUUCUUUAUUAGAGUCCUAAGAAUGUAGAUGCAUUCGUGAAGACUCAUCUUAUACCUGAGCUAACUAAAGAGAAGGUUGAAGAGAUGGUGAAACUCCAACACCCCAAGUUCAUUCUUCAGCAAAUAUCUGUUGAAAAGGAACACUUUCCUUUAAAAGUAAAGUAAGUAAUUUCUCCAUACAAUAUCACCCUUGAAUCAAACAUUGAAGUUAUGUUACCACAUUAUGAUUAACUUACAAGUGGUAUAAUUGUACUCAUAAUUUCUAUUUCAAGUUAUGUGAUAAGACUGCUGAGAGUUACCAUUCUUUCAAAUUUCCACUUAUUUGUAAGCAAACAUGGGCAAAUUUUAUGAAAGAAGAACCUAGAAAUUCCUUUGAGACCUGAACUGGUUGAACAAAACAUACAAGCUAAUGGGGUCUAUUGCUAAAAUACAUUGAAUAAGUUACGAAGAAAAUGAAACCAGGAGACAAAAGCUAUCUGUUCUAACUUUUGCUUAUUUAUGAUCCAGUCUUCCCAUUUGAAUCAGAGAAACCCCACUAUUGAUAUUAAGAUGUUGGUAAUAGUGAAUCAUUUGUAAGUUUAAUUAAAAGAAAAUAAUUUUUUAUCCCCAGACUUGAUUUCCAAGAGAAAAGCAAGUCCAAGUAUAAUGUGAACAACCCAUUCAUCUAUGGUGUCAUUGUGACAAGGGGUGAAAAUAGGGAAAUUUUAGGGAAAGGUAAGACUCUUGUCAGGACAGUCUUUCAGUUUUCAGUCAGUGAAAGUGACUGUCAUUUAAUGUCUCUUUAGCUUCUCUUUUGUUUUUAAAUUUUAGGUUUGGUUGAUGUGUUGAUGAAAGAUGUACUUUUAAUGAAUUAAUAAGUCAUUCUGGUUAAAAUCUCCUUGUUUACUUCUCCACAAAUAAGCGCAACUUCCAGGUUUUGUUCUUGGGUUGUGAUUACUUGCUCAUUAUGACGCUGUGUGGCUAUUAGAGCUGCAAUGUAAUCCUGUUACUCACUGAUUCCUCCCUACAUGUAUCUUGCCCAUUGGUGUCUUUUCCUUCUCUGCUUAACCAAGUUGUGAUCAGUAAAUCAAUGCCUUUCUGUUUGCCAGGUGUGAAUCCUUUAACUCCUAGUAGUGAUUAACAUGUAACUUCUCCCUGUAAUAUCCACACAUUAGCCAACAAAUAGGUUAUGAGAAUAAUCAAACUUGUUGGGUAUAAGCUGUUAUCUUGAUGUAACACCAAAUUCUUGAAACUAAUUUACAAGGAAAUUUGUAGUAGUGUGAGGGAAGAAUUAGCAAUCAGAUCUUGGGAGUUCAAGGAUUAAAGGUGCUAAAUAACUAUGGACAUGGUAAAAUAGAUGUAAAUGCUAUCAUUCUCUAAAAUAUCACGUGACCAAACAGGAUUCAGACAUGCUGUGUUAAUGAUUUUGAAUAAAAUUUAAUGAUUUUGAAUAAGAUUUGUGUCUCUAGGUAUCUGCCACUCACUUGUAUCAGCAGAGAAAAAGGUAAACUGAGUUUGUAUCAAACAACUAAGUCAUUCUUGUACAGAUUACAUUGCGUAAGAUAAUGAGCAUUUUACAUCUAAUAUGGCAAGUUAGAAUAUAAUCUAAUCUAUUAAUUAACCAAUCAGAUCAUAUGAGUAAAGAAGUUAGGACAUUUUAUUCUAUAAACUGUGGUGUUUUACAAGUAUUUCCAGCACUGAGAAAAGAGGUAACUGCACAUGCGUAAAAUUACAAUAAUUUUUUAGGUGUAUUUGAUAUUGCUAAUCAGGUGCUGGCAUGUCCUCCACUUUUGUACCACUCAGUCUGGUUGAUUCAUCAUUAAAGUUGACUAUUCUUGUCUCUAAAAGUGUAUGGUGUUUAUAAAGGAAACAAAAGAACACAUGGUUCCUUUUUGACACAGAAUUAAUUUUCUCUUUCCAUGUUCAACUCAAUAUCCCACAAGUGAGCAAAGCGAUUGAGUGAGAUAUUGAGUUGUUCAUGAAAAGAGAAAUUCUAUAUCUAAGCAAUUCUAUAUUUAAUCCUCCAUUUCACUCCAGGCAUGCCAGAGGGCUUUACUAGAUCACUAUCCUGAUGAAUUCAACAAGUUUCAGUUAGCUCUUGAUGGGGAUGAUUUUGUAAAAGAGGAAAAUGUUGAUCUUGGCUUGACUGUUGCUGAACAGAGAGUAGUUGAGUUGGAAAAGGUACGCUUUAAAAAUUUGGGUUGUAAUGUUUGUAACGUAAGUCAGAUUAUUGUUAGUGGUUUUUGAUAGCAUUGCUAAAACCAUUUAAUACUUUUUUUCUUGAAACUGGUUUUAAAUUUUUUUUUUUGAUAAAUUAUAUGAUUGAAAACAAACUUCCAGUGGUGUUCCAGAGAGUUUUUGCAUCCCUGGUGAUUAGAUUCAUUAUUAUUCUGUCUGAAACUUCAGCAGACCAUGGCAAUGCUUUCAUCUCUAGGGGUGACAGAAAAGAAGUUUCUCCUCAUGAUGUCUAUUUAUUUUCAAGUUGUAAGAAGAUAGUACAGCAUUAGUUUAGGGAUAUUGUUUGAUUCAAUUAUAAAUUCUCAGAGUUAAUAUUGUAAGAAUGGUAUGGAAGACAGAAUGAAGAAGUGAUUUAAAGAUCUUGGCAGAGAAAGGGUCAGAUUCUUUACAAUUGUGAGGUAAUAAAGGAAACUGAAAGUACAACUCUGUUUCUGAUACUUAUUGAAAGGAAACUGGUCUUAACCUGUAACUCCCAGAUCAAAUUUGUCAUUCUCCUUACUAUCAACUGUACAACUCUCAUAGUGUUAGUUCAGAGAAUUUAGCUUUGGAUCAUCUAAUCCCAAAUUGGUAUUUUUCUUUUUUCUCAUCACUAAUCCAGUUGAUAUUGUAAGGAGAAAUUCUGUCUUGGUCAUUCAUGAGAGUUGAAGGGUUAACAAUCAUGUAUUACACAGCAUGAGAAGAAAAUCUGUGGGUUUUGGACAAAGGGAGUGGUAAUUAUAAAUGCCAAUCACAGGCAAAUGAGCACAUUAAUGGAAAGGGUUUUAAAUGACACUUCUUGUUUUUGUCUUAUCAGGAAAAUGACAGUUUUGGAUUCCACAUAAGGGGAGGAGAGAUGAAGAAAAAACAGACAGACAAGUUUCUUGAGUGUUAUUACAUGUCACCAGUGUUUAUAUCUCACAUAGUGAAAGACAGUAUUGCGGACAAGUGAGUAUACCUCUUUUGUUUAAACAUGGUAAUUAUACCAAUAACAAAAUGAGUAUUUACCCUUUUCACCCUAAUAUCAUCAGGCAGAUUCUCCUUGCUGGUCUCUGCACAUAUCCUAUAGAACUGACAAGGAGAAUUUGUUGAACAAUCCAGAGCUUCUUCAGCUAUUGAUAAUUUGCUUUACUCUUGUGUUUGAUUCACCCAUGAUAAUGUCUAAUGAUUGAAAGGAGAAAUAAAAUGCUACUCACUGUGAGGAGUUAAAAGGUUAAUUGAGGUAGCUCUCACAGUUUUGGACACAUUUUCUAGUAGAAAGGAGUGUUGUCUUGAUUUACAAGUUGGAGUAACCCCAUCUAAUCUACCAGAAUCUCUUUUAAUUAACAAGUUUAUUGCUUAAAAUGAACUGAAAAAUAAAUCAAGGAUAAAAAGCCAUAAGUCAACAGGUCAUGUCAUGUCAAAGAAUUGUUGUUGUUGCCUUUUUUUUUUUUUUUUUUUUUUCUUUUCAAGGAGAAGGUUUUUUAAUUUUUUUCAUGUCUUUUUUUGUAGACAUGGAGGACUUAAAGUUGGAGAUAAAAUUCUUGCCAUAAAUGACAGAGUAAGUAAAAUAAUAACUACUCUUGUUAUUGAUUAUCAUUAUUUUUUAGUUGGCAUAAUGAAAUGGAAAGAAGACUGCAUCAGGCAGAAAACUUUCUAGCAAAUUGAUAAAUGGGGUUAAAUUGAAAUCUGGGGUUUGUUUUUGUUAGUCAACUGAACAGAAUGGUAGCUAUAUGUUUCUUGCUCUACUUAGAAACAGUGAAACUAAUGUGUAUUUCUCUUUGAGUUUUGGGGUAUAGUGAUCACACUGAAUUCCUCUUAAUGUUUUGUCUUUUGUUUAGAAUGUGGAAGGACUUGAUCACAAGCGUGUUGUGAAGCUUUUGAAAUCUGUUUCAGGUGAGAUAAUGUAAUGAAUUGUGGUAUUCACUAAUGAUGUAAUCAAAAGAAAAAGGCAGGUGAAAUAGUAAGCUUGUGAUAGGUAAUAUGUUUACAAGCUGGCUUUUCAGGCCUUUUUGUCACAAGCUGUAAAUAAUUAACAGUAAAAUCCUCUUUUUUUUCCUUUUUCAGGCCCUGUGUCAUUUACUGUUACACACUGCAGAGAAAGUAUGUUUUUUUUUUUAUAGUUUUAGGGUACUUUUAAAUAACAGUUUUUAUAUCAAGUUGCAAAGAAAGGUGUGAGAUAACAGAUCAUGACAGGCGUAUCCCCUCUCCUUCUCAUUGAAAAAGAAAAAUAGGAAAAAGAAAAACAGGUCAAGUCCUCUCCAGCUAACUGACCUGCAGCACAAAACUUAUCUGGUUUUCCACAGCAUAAAGUAACCAUGAGUAUUAUGGCUACCCUCCUUACCCCUGGAUGGCAUUUUAGUCCAUUACAAGUCCUUUCCCCCCCUCCCCCCUUGUUUUGUCAAGUUUCCCUGGUAGGUCAGCAACAUCCUUAGUAGAGAGGGUACUGUCAGAGUAUAGAAUCUUUCCCAAGACUACAACUCAAUGACCUUCCCCUAAAAUCGAGUGCUAUGGCAAUUUGCCCACUUCACCUCCCACUUCUCAGUGGUAAUCAUGAUUUGAUUUUCAUUUUCUAAUGUUGCAAAGUUAACAGAACUCAUUACAUCCAUCUUUUCUUGCAGCUUUAAUAGCUGACAAGCUUGAGCAGAGGUUUAUAGAAAUAAGGCGUAAGAAACGUCUGGCAGAGUUAUCAUCUGAUGUGUGGUCAGAAUGGCAUCAAGCACAGUCUGACAAGGCUCCAUCACAGUACAAAGAUGUCCUUAAAUAUCACAAGAACCCAUCAUCUUAG